AUGGAAAAGCCUUAUGGCUGCUUCCUUCUCCUCUUCUUCUUUAUCAUUAUACAUUCGGCAGCCAGUCUCACUCAUGAGGAAACUUCAUUUAUCACCAAACGUCAACUUUUGGCUUUGUCGGAAAACGAAGACCUUUCUGAUGACAUGGAAUAUGAAGUUGAUUUAAACCUCAAGUUUGCUAAUGACCGACUUAAAAGGGCUUAUGUUGCCCUUCAAGCUUGGAAAAAAGCAAUAUACUCUGAUCCUUUUAAUACAUCAGCUAACUGGAUCGGUCAAAACGUGUGUUCUUAUAAAGGCGUGUUUUGUGCACCGGCGCUUGAUGAUCCAAGCAUUAUGGUUGUAGCAGGAAUUGAUCUAAACCAUGCAGAUAUAGCCGGGUAUUUGCCUCCCGAGCUAGGUCUAUUAACCGAUGUUGCCUUGUUUCACGUCAAUUCCAACAGAUUUUGCGGAGUGAUUCCGAAAAGCUUAUCAAAACUAACAUUAAUGUACGAAUUUGACGUGAGCAAUAACCGUUUUGUUGGUUCAUUUCCGAUGGUUGCUCUUUCUUGGCCAUCUUUGAAGUUUCUUGACGUAAGAUACAACGACUUUGAAGGAAAACUUCCACAGGAGAUUUUCGAUAAGGAUCUUGAUGCUAUUUUUUUGAACAACAAUAGAUUCGAAUCGAUUAUACCUGAGACGAUUGGGAAAUCAACUGCUUCUGUCGUGACAUUUGCUCAUAAUAAAUUCAGCGGUUGUAUCCCGAAAACCAUCGGGCAAAUGAAGAACCUAAACGAGAUUGUAUUUAUAGGGAACAAGUUAAGUGGUUGUUUCCCGAAUGAGAUCGGUUCACUGAACAAUGUGACGGUGUUUGAUGCGAGCAGCAAUGAUUUUGUUGGAAGUUUGCCAUCGAGCUUGUCAAGCUUAGCCAAUGUGGAACAAAUGGAUUUUUCAUUCAAUAAGCUCACAGGAUUUGUGGUAGAUAGUAUAUGCAAAUUGCCAAAGUUAUCUAACUUUACAUUUUCUUACAACUUCUUCAACGGAGAGGCUCCGAGUUGUGUACCGGGGACAAGUCAAGACAAGAAGUUUGAUGACACAAACAAUUGCUUACAAAAUAGACCAAAACAGAAGUCUGGUAAUGAAUGUUUGCCAGUGAUUGCUCGUCCUGUGGAUUGUAAUAAAGACAAGUGUGCUGGUGGUGGAGGAGGAGGUGGUGGCGGAUCUAACCCGUCACCAAAGCCAACACAGAACCCACCAAAACCAGAAGAAUCUCCUGAACCACAACAACCGAAAACAUCGGAUCCUUCUAAACCAAAGGAAACUACGCCAGAUCAGCAAUCUCCUAAACAGGAAACACCAAAACAUGAGUCACCAAAAUCAGAAGAGAUAAAACCCAAACCUGAGUCACCAAAACAAGAAUCACCUAAGCAACAACCACCAAAGACGGAGACACCACAAAUGCCAGUAAAACCACCAGUAUCAAAUGAUCCUUACGAAGCAUCUCCUAUAAGAAAACGACGUCCUCAACCACCGUCAACCGAAGAAAUACCAUCAUCACACUCUCCACCAAUACACUCUCCACCACCACCUCAUGUAUUUUCACCUCCUCCUCCAAUCCAUUCUCCUCCACCACCUCCGGUAUACUCUCCCCCACCACCACCUCCAGUAUACUCUCCUCCACCACCAGUUCACUCUCCUCCACCGCCUGUCCAUUCUCCACCACCGCCUGUCCAUUCUCCACCACCACCUGUCCACUCACCGCCACCACCGGUACACUCUCCUCCUCCACCACCGGUUUAUUCUCCGCCACCACCGGUACACUCUCCUCCUCCACCAGUCCACUCUCCGCCACCACCACCGAUUUUCUCUCCACCACCACCACCAGUCCACUCGCCACCGCCUCCAGUUCACUCUCCACCACCACCAGUCCACUCUCCACCACCACCAGUCCACUCGCCACCGCCUCCAGUUCACUCUCCACCACCACCAGUCCACUCUCCACCGCCUCCAGUUCAUUCUCCUCCGCCUCCAUCACCUAUCUAUUCUCCUCCUCCUCCAGUUUUCUCACCACCGCCAAAACCUACAAUAAGUAUAUCACCAACAACAUCUCCAACGGCAAAUGAGCCAACACCUUUAUCAGAAACAGAAGGAGACUCAUCACCAGUUCAGGCUCCAACCUCAGAAACUGAGACCGUCGAGGAACCAACAGAAGCAGAAACAGAUCAAUCACCAGUGUUCGGCUCGAGUCCUACUUUGACACCAAUCUCAUCUGAGCCUAGUGAUGCUCCAACUCCAAUUUCUCAACCAGAUGCGUCUCCAGUACCAUCACCAUCAACACAAGAGAUAAAACCACCAGUUAUAACUUCACCAUCAUCAAAGAAAGAUGAUGACGACGAUAGUUUCAUUCUCCCACCAAACAUUGGACAUCAAUACGCAUCACCACCACCACCAAUGUUUCCAGGUUACUAA